GGUCAGUGUCACGUUUAAUCAAAAUGUAAAUUAUUUUUUAAAGAAUUUAGUUUUUUUUUUUUUAAGAAUUGGAGAUUACUUGACGAGUGUGAUUUUAGAAAAGAUGGAUGAAAUAAGGCAAGAGCAUCGUCGUGUUGCGAAGAUCCUGACGUCGUACACGCUUGCCUUAGCGCCGUCUGACUUCCCGUCUCUGUGCUGCUGCCUGCUGCAGUACCACCAUGUCACCAUCGCAGGCUCCCAGCUCCACCGAAGACAAAGCCGCUCACCUGUGAUUUCGUUACAGUCGGAAACGGUAAAUUUGAUUAUUUUAAGAUCAUGCCGAUCUGUUCCUUUACAGCGGUAUCAAAGGCGACUGCUUCCUUUAUCGCAAAGUGAAACAGAAGAAUAACAAUAUCGAAUGCAAAUAUGUUUUUUCCCGCGUUGCAUCAGCACCGACCACUGAUGUGCUUUAUCCUCUUCUGCAUCCUGAGGACAUGCCUUUCCCGAUCCUCUCAAAUUUCGGAUUUAAAAUCAAAAAUAUCUGGUGUGGAGGAGUUACUGGAAGAAUUCCGUAAACAGCUUCAGCAGGAUCAAACCUACUCAAAAGAAGAGGAACUCGGGGCGGAUGCGUGUUUGGGCGAUUUUGAGGCGGUAGAGGAACGCAUCAUACGGGCGAUGGCUUCAAUAGAGCAGGGGGCCACCUUUCUGUCGGCCCCGAGCCGCGUGUAUAGCUGGAGGGACUGCCUUCACGCGUGCUGCGCCGAGCCGCAUUGUACCGUGGUCGUGAUGCAGGAGGACCUGAAGCAGGCGGACGACAGCCUCCGCUGCUACCUGUUCAACUGUACGUACAGAGGCGAAAAUGUCUGCGAGUUCUCCUUCCAGCAAGGAUUCAGCACCUACAGCCGAGGGGUACGCAAUGGCACCGUAUCUCGAGAGCAUCACCGGACAACCGCAGUCGGCAGCGGUGUUUUAAACAAGCAAAGUAGUGGUGUUAGAAGGCCUUUAGAUGAAGCAAAUGGACAAGGCGACUCCUCUAUGCAAGAACUGGACGAACCCCCACGAAGCGAUGCAGGACUCGACGUGGUGGUCCAGCUUCCAACGGACUGGGCCAUCCUGGACGGCAGAGACAGUAUUGACGACCACGGCGUCACGCGGUACGAAUGGGCGAUCGUUAAAGGAGAUCCCUCUGUCAGCAUGAAGGUGACUCACCCGGGCCUGCUGAAGCUGGGCGGACUGAGAGAGGGCCUCUACACCUUCCGGAUGACCGUCACUGACACCAUCGGGCAGAGGAGCUCAGACAACGUCACUGUCACUGUGCUGGCACCUGCACACCAUGCAGAAGUAUGCACUCGCCAUUGCUCCCGCUACCAGUUCAUGUGCGAUGACGGCUGCUGCAUUGACAUUAGUUACGCGUGUGAUGGCAAACAGCAGUGCCCUGACCGCUCUGACGAGGACUUCUGCCAGCACUUUGACGGAGGGCGUAAGGUCGUAACUCACGCAAACAACGCUCCCUCUCAGAACGCCCCAGCGCGAGAGGCGGACGGGCGAGCCAUGAUCCCGGCUGAGCCUCACCAUGGUGAGAUUUCCGAGGAGCCCAGUGAGCAAAACCAGCCUGCAGUCAGCCAAGAUCCCUGCACAGCGCCCCCAGUGGUCGGUCCGUGUAAAGGUGCCUUCCCUCGCUGGUAUUAUGACCCCGCAGCUGGAGAGUGCAAGCACUUCCUCUAUGGUGGCUGCAAAGGCAACCACAACAACUUUCUGCAGCAGGGAGACUGUGUGAACGAGUGCAUCCAGAAACCUGCUCCACGGGUUCAGCAAGCAACUGCAGCACCGACCCCUACCAGAGAGACAGUUACAGAUGCCAAGUUACCCAGCUCAGAAGCCAAACAUGAGGAAGCUGUGUCAGAUUACCGCAAUGCUCAGCCAAUUACUAAAGCUCACGUGGUAGCAGGGGGACAGCCGCCACCUGAAUCAGGUGCGAUCGUGCCCCUGAUCCUGGGGGUGAUUAUUAGUGCUCUGCUGUUGCUCAUGGUGGCCUGCAGGAUGCGUGUCGUGCAUCGCCGCAUUAAGAAAGCCCAGCCCCUCACAACAGAGGAGUCAGACUACCUCAUUAACGGCAUGUACUUGUAGCAGAGGCCCCGACAGUCAGCACGUGUGUACGCUGGCUGGCACAGAAGAAUUUCUGGAAAUAUUAUAUAGAACAUCAUCCAGUGCAUUGAGUUCAGUCACACCAUCAAAAUCUUCAGAUCUGAAACUGCUGGCUGACCGUUUUGAUAUUCAAGUAUCGAAAAGUAAUCAAAAUAAAAGCCCUCUAUGGACAAACAGCAUUUAAUGGCAUGCAGAGGGGGAAACAUUUGCUCUUUUCACUUUCAUUUUUCAGUAAUUUACACUACAUUUAAAAUGAAACAUUUUGUUGUCUGUUAUCUCAGUUUAUCACUAAUUCAAAUGAGAAUAGCUGUUAAAUACUGUGGAUUACUUCAGGCAGACAGUAGAUUAAUCUAGAAAACUGUUUAGUUGUCCAGAGUAGAUGCCUGUCGUGGUUUUUCUUAUUUUUAUUUUUUAAAUUCAAACAUUUAUUAAAAUGACCUAUUUCUCCACUCAGAAUACUCCAAUAAGAAUAUUAAGGUGAGAAGACAAGGUCCAUGUACUUUUUGGUCAUUCUAUUUUCAUUUCAAAAAUAUAAAUAAAAAAUGAAAAACAGUUAUUUGAUUAUCAUUUCAAAAUCGAACAUGAAAAAAGAAAAACAAGUUAAUUUUCAUUAUUGUCACAAAUAUACAAAAAGUGAAUUACAUUUUUUUUUUGCA